CUCGUUUUUUGUUUUACGAUCAAUUAAAUUUUAAUUAUUAAAUAAUAAAUUAUAAUCGUAAUUUAGUCUCAAAAUGGGAGAAUUCAAAAUUGAUAAAGAAGCUUUUCAGCGAAGAAUGAAAAAAGUCUACCUGGCUUGGAAGGAUGCCUCAGAAGAUCACCCAAUGUCAAAGGUCGAUGCAAUAGUAGUGGCUGUUGGGGCUGCCGAGGUUGUUUACUCCAAGUCAAUAUCAAUACAGAACUGGUUAUUCGGUUACGAACUGCCUGACACCAUAUUAGUACUCUGCGAGUCGGCCAUUUAUGUUCUGUCCAGUAAAAAGAAAGUUGAAUUCGUUCGCCAGGUUGAGGAUUGCUGUAAUGACAUCAUCCCAACUAUGAAGUUACUAACAAGAGAUAAGGCUGACAAGGAUAAAACAAAUUUUGAUACGCUAGUUGAGGCCAUAAAAGAAUCCUCACAGGGAAAGUCGAUAGGUGUCUUUCCAAAAGAUAAAUUUCCUGGAGAGCUGAUAGAUGGAUGGAAGGCUGCGUUAGAUGGAGCUGGCUUAGAAUCGGUUGAUGUCACUUCACAUCUAGCUCUGAUCAUGGCCGACAAAGAGGAAAGUGAGCUGUCCCUCAUAAAGAAAGCUUGCACCGCUACCAUGGAUUUGUUCAAUAAAUACCUCAGGGAGCAGCUGAUGGAUCUCAUUGACAAGGAGAAGCAUGUGAAGCACUCGAAGUUGGCAGCCCAAGUCGAGGACGCCUCACAGAACAAGAAGUACAUAACAGGGUUGGACCUGACGCAGUUGGAUACCUGCUACCAGCCCAUCAUUCAGAGUGGAGGCAAGUAUGAACUCAAGUUCAGUGCCAAGGCAGACAACAACAUGCUACACUUUGGCUCAAUAAUCUGCAUGUUGGGUCUGAGGUACAAGUCUUACUGUUCUAAUGUUGCCAGAACGAUUAUGGUGGAUCCGACUGAAGAUAUGCAGGCCAACUAUGCUCUACUCUUAAAAGCACAUGAAGAGGCUGUCAACUUAUUGAGACAUGGUACAAAGCUGUCAGAUGUUUACAAAGCCAUUGUGGACGUUGUUAAAUCUGAAACACCUGCACUCGUUGAUAAGCUAACAAAAAAUGCUGGUUUCGGCAUGGGCUUGGAAUUCCGCGAAACCUCCCUGCUGAUUGCAGGCAAAAGUGAUGCAGUUGCAGUGCAAGGUAUGGUCUUCAACCUCAACAUCGGUUUCACAGAUCUGGAGAACAAGGCUGCCAAAGAUGAGGAGGGUAAGAAGUACGCCCUGUUCAUUGGAGACACGGUCGUCGUGAAUGAUCAGGACACACCUGCAACUGUGUACACACCACAGAAGAAACAAACGAAAAACGUUUGCAUCUUCUUAAAGGAAGAAGAGGAAGAGGAGGAAGAGGAAGAAGAUGAUAAAAAAGAAGAUGACCCAAAAAUAGCGGGAAGAGGUCAAAGAAAUGCCAUCUUGGCUAAUAGAACCAGGCAGACGGAAAUGACAGCAGAGGAGAAAAGGCAGCUGCACCAGAAGGAACUUGCUGAAAAGUUGCACAAGGAGGCUCUUGAUAGGAAUGCAGGCCACAAGGAGAAAGAGAACGAGAAAAAAGAUAGAAAAGUGAGCAUAUCGUACAAGAACAUUUCACAAAUGCCUAAGGAACCUGAGAUUAGAGACCUGAAAAUCUACGUAGAUAAAAAAUAUGAAACAGUCAUCCUGCCUAUAUUUGGCUAUCCAUGCCCUUUCCAUAUCUCAACAAUUAAGAACAUAAGUCAGUCGGUGGAAGGAGAUUACACAUACCUACGUCUCAAUUUUUUCCACCCUGGUUCUAACCUAGGUAGGAAUGAAGGGGUCAUCUAUCCCAACAACGAAGCUACCUUUCUUAAAGAAAUAACGUAUCGAAGUUCAAACUCGAAGGAGCCAGGUGAACUGUCCGCCCCAUCAUCAAAUCUCAACACAGCAUUCAGACUCAUCAAAGAAGUCCAGAAGAAAUUCAAAACGAGGGAGGCUGAAGAGAGAGAAAAAGAGGGGGUCAUGAAGCAGGACACACUGAUCGUCAAUCCAAACAGAGGCAACCCGAAGUUGAAGGACCUGUACAUCAGGCCCAACAUCGUCUCUAAGAGGAUCACUGGAUCGCUGGAGGCACAUACUAAUGGUUUCCGAUUUACAUCAGUACGUGGGGACAAAGUUGACAUAUUGUACAACAACAUAAAGAAUGCCUUCUUCCAGCCAUGCGAUGGAGAGCUGGUCAUCUUGCUUCAUUUCCAUCUUAAGAAUGCCAUAUUAUUUGGCAAGAAGAAGCACAUUGACGUUCAGUUCUACACAGAAGUUGGGGAGGUGAUAACAGAUCUGGGCAAGCACCAAUACACCCAUGACAGGGACGACCUCAGGGCUGAGCAGUCUGAAAGAGAGCUGAGGCACAGGUUGAAAGCAGCAUUCAAAAGUUUCUACGAGAAGGUAGAAGCUAUGACCAAGCAGGAGGUAGAGUUUGAUGUUCCAUUUCGUGACCUCGGCUUUCAUGGCGCCCCCAAUCGUAGCACUGUCCUCAUACAACCAACCAGUGGCUCGGUUGUUAAUCUCACUGAAUGGCCUCCAUUUGUUGUGGCUCUUGAUGAAGUCGAGUUGGUGCACUUUGAACGGGUUCAAUUCCAACUGAAGAACUUUGAUAUGGUUUUCAUCUUUAAGGACUACCAUAAGAAGGUCGCGAUGAUCACAGCUAUCCCCAUGGCACAGUUGGAUCAUGUCAAGGAAUGGCUCAAUUCCUGUGAUAUAAAGUACAGUGAAGGAAUUCAGAGUUUGAACUGGACGAAGAUCAUGAAGACCAUCACCGACGACCCGGCCAAGUUUUUCGAAGAUGGUGGUUGGAGUUUCCUCGAUCCUGAGAGUGAUGCUGAAGAUGACGAUGAUGAUGAAGAUGACGAGGACGACGCGUACAAUCCGUCUGAUAGUGAAUCAGCGGAGGGAAGCAGUGAUGAUGAAGAUAGUGAUGACAACUGGUCGGCUGAGGAUGAAGAUGAUGAUGACGGAUCUGAAGAAUUGGGUUCUAGUGAGGAAUCUGGUAAAGAUUGGGAUGAACUGGAGGAGGAGGCCAAAAGAGCCGACGCCGAAGAUGAUUUGGACGACAGUCGAGACGAUGAGAGGCAUAAGAAGUCGAAACAGAAGCACAAGAUGAACAGCAAUCACAAACACAAAAGCCCCAAGAAGCACAAGAGUCCCGAGAAGAAGCAUCACAAGGCCCACCAUGAAGCCAAGCACAAAAACGGUCACACUACCAACAGCAAUGAAAAGUCGCACAAAUCAUCGAAACGCCGCAAUAGCGAUGGCAGUGAUAGGGGCAACCACAAGAAGCGAAAAUAAUGACGACGACGAUAACAUUUUAUAUUAUUAUUAUUAUUAUUAUUAUUAUUAUUAUUAUUAUUAUUAUUAUUAUUUGCACAAUCGAGUAAUUAACUAUUUUUUAUUAAAUGUAUAAAGUAAUGUAGAUAAGCUGGCAUGCAGUGACACGAUUAUCUUGUGCUGUACGCUGAUUUUAAUUAGGCUAUCAAUAAUUGUCCUCCGUUCGUUUUCAUGUUUUAAAGAAUUUGGUUUGUUAUCCAUUGUGAAAUGACUAAUGAUUUCAGUAAUAUUUCAUAAAAUGACCAUUUAAUAACUCGUGAAUCGAAACAAUGUUUCCUGAGAAACUGUUUGUGAUAUUGUAUUUGUUGCCACUCGCUGUUAGGUUUUACAUUCACUAAUUCUAAAGAAACUUAUAAUCGCGGAAAGUUUUAU